AUGUGGAAGAUAAUGAACUGCUCCCGGCCGGAUGCAGAGUCCCUGUUUGUUGCCUUGGAGGAGGUUCUCGGCAGGACUGCCCUCCGACCCGUCCACAGCCUAUCAACACCCACUAAUGUCAGCAUCGAGCUCACAAUCUUCGGCAUUCUGGGAGUGGAGUGGGAGAUGGAGACUGUGAAGUGGGACCCCUUACAGUGUGGAGCCUCCAGAAUUUCAUUACCCAGAACAAUGUUGUGGACCCCAGACAUUCUCAUCAAUGAAUUUAUGGAUGAAGACACAUCCCCAGACGCACCCUAUGUGUAUCUGAAGCACACUGGUCAUGUGUUUGACGACCGGCCGGUCAGGGUGGUCAGCUCCUGCACACUGGACAUCUACGCCUUUCCCUUUGAUGUGCAGAACUGCUCUCUCACCUUCGGUUCCUACUUGCAUGUUGCCUCAGACAUACAGGUGGCCCUGGGCAGGAAUGUGUCGGAUGCUCUGCAGGAGUCUCGCAGGGUUCUCCGUGCGGCGGGGGAGUGGGAGCUGCUGGACCUCACGGCCACGGACAGCACCCUCCACACAUCCCACUCACAAUACCACGAAGUUGUUUUCUACGUAGUUCUGAGGCGCAGGGCCACCCUGUAUGUGGUGAACCUGCUAGUGCCCAGCUGCUUCCUUAUCACAGUGGACCUCUUCAGCUUCCUCCUGCCCCCCCAGAGUGUGGACCGCUCCUCCUUCAAGAUGACCCUCAUCCUGGGCUACACCGUCUUCCUGCUCAUCAUGAACGACCUGCUGCCCAUCACCGGCAACAGGACACCCCUGAUAAAUGUGUUCUUCUCUAUCUGUCUGGCUCUGAUGGUGGGUAGUCUCCUGGAGACAGUUCUGAUCACCAACAUCCUGUACAGUUCCAGUCAGUACCCUUCGGUCCCUCGAUGGAUCCGCGUGAUAGUCCUGCAGUACCUGGCCCGACUCGUCUGUCUGUACCAAAAACCCAGCAACCGUGUCACCGUCAUACUCAACCCUGCUGCUCAAGGGCCCCAUGAGCUGCAGGGGCCCAAAGGGAACGGACACAGCUAUGAGCAGCUGAUCCUGCAGGAGCUGAGGAGGCUGAGUGCAGACCUGCUGGCCAUCCGGCUCAAGAUGGAUAAAAGCCAGCAAGGCAGUCAGAACGCAGAGGAGUGGGUUCAGAUCGGCAACGUCAUCGACCGCCUGCUUUUCUGCCUUUACCUAGUCUUCAUCAGCGUUAGCUUCAUCACCAUCAUCAUGAUCUGGGCACACUGGCACAACCAGUAACUGCACAGCCAGAGCAGCACAACAGACUGCUGUUUCCACACAGCCAGAGCACCACACCAGACUGUGCA